AUGCACCUGGACGGCGAUCGGCGCCUCGCCGAGCUCGUGCAGGCGCGGUCGAUGGCCGACGACGCCGUCGCCCGCACGGCCGACCGCGCAUCCGCCUUCACCAACAGCACGGCGCGCCAACGGGCGGCCACAUCCGAGGUGGUCGCUGCGACGGUGACCAACGUCCCGUCCGAGGCCACCGCCGCCGACGUCGCCGCCUUUUGCCGGCAGCACGCAAACAUCCAAGGCUUCCUCUCCGUGUCCAUGGCGCCUUAUCAUCGCGGCCGACCGGGGCGCUCAACAGUCCACGUCGCAUCGCAAUACGAGCAUGCGCGCCUGCUUCGCCUCGAUGGGUUCCGAUGGCAGCGACAGACGGUCUCGGUGCGCGCGGCGCACCCGAUCAAGUGGUCGCUCUGCGCCGACGUUGUGAGCGAGGUCUUCUCUUGCUCAUGUCUGCAUGUCCUAUCGACGGCGCAGAGCGCCCAACCCACGUACUCGGUCUCGGACGCCGUGACCUUGACGUGCUCGGCCACCGAAGCGACUGCGUUUGGCGUCGCGUUCAACACCGACGGGUAUCGGUACCGCGUCUGCUUUAAAGUCACAAGCGUCGCCCGGUGCCGCGUCAGCAUCAACCGAUGUGGGCAUGUCGUGGUUCGCAUUACACUGCGCGUCCCGCCCUUCUGCUACGUCGGCGCGGCGUCGAUGGACCGCGACCGCAGUUGGCCGAUCGCCGAUGCUCUCCAACCAUGGCAGCGCGCCGACGAUCCGUCUCCGAAUGGCGCCUUUGGCGCGUGCCGGUGCUACCACCUCGUCUUGGUCAACGGUCAACUCGACCAUGUCAUUAACGUCGUGCGCGGCUUUGGCGUCGCCGACGUGGCGCGGGACAAUGCAGCAGCAUCUGUGUACGCCACCAUGACGCGUGGCACCGACUGGGCCCACGGCUACGCGUCGUUCUUUCAGUCCUUUACGUUUCCGCUGCGGUAUGCCCUCCACGUGCUCCUGUCGCAAGACGUGCUCCUCCUCUCGGACGCGCAGGACGCCGAGUGCAUUGCUGCAGUCCUCGCUGCGUCCAAUGCAUCGGCGCAGCAUGUGCUUGGCUUUCUCCAGUCGCCCACACGUGGUUCGCCGGAUGCACCGAUGGCGCUGCAGUCGUUCCUCGACUACCUUGAUGCGACACCGGCACAUUUCACGGUCGACACACCCGACGACGACAACGCGACGGCAUACGGUGCCGAGAUGGCACUCGCCACAGUCCCCGAGGUGCGUCGGGUGCUCGUGACACCAUUACGCAUCGUCGCCGAGCCACCGCAAGUCGACGUGUCAAACCGAAUUUUGCGCCAAUAUGCACAACAUAUCGAUCGGUUCCUCCGCGUCAGCUUCGUCGACGAGAAUUUUGGCCCGCUCUACAGUGCCAAGAGUCGCCGACUUCUUGACAACCGUAUUGCACCGCUGCUGCAUGACGGCCUCGUCGUCGGUGGCGAAAACUACGUCUUUCUCGGGUACUCGAACUCGCAACUGCGCGUGCACAGCUGCUGGUUUUACCGCAAUCCACCGACGGGGUCGACGCUCGUGCCGUCGGCGGCGUCGAUUUACUUUUCGCAGGGGGACUUGCAUGCGAUUCCAUCGGGCAGCAAGCGCGGCGCUCGGCUCGGGCAAGCGUUUAGCACGACGACAUCGACGGUCGCCGUGUCCCCGUUCCGGUGCAGUGUGCGCGCCGACGUCACGCGCAACGGCUACGUCUUCUCGGACGGUAUCGGUGUCAUUUCGUCGACGCUUGCCGACGACAUUGCGAUGAAACUGCAUCUCAACUACGUUCCGUCGGCCUACCAGAUCCGGUACGGCGGCUGGAAGGGCGUUGUGAGCGUCGACGCCGCGCUGCCGUCGGCGACCACGGACAUGGAGCUGCGGGAUUCCAUGCGCAAGUUUGCCUCGGAGCACGACGCGAUCGAGGUGUGCAGCGUGCCACAAGUGCUGCCCGCGUACCUCAACCGCCAGCUCAUCACGCUUCUCUCGACGCUUGGUGUCCGCGACGACGCGAUUCUGUCGCUGGCCGACGACAUGCUGCGGGAGACGGCGGCGCCGCUGGACACGCUGGCCAAAGCCAUUCGGUUUGUAAAAGCGUACGCACCAAAAGCGCCGAUCCGACGCCUUCUCGAGGCCGGGAUCAGCAUUCACGACCAACUCGUCGCCGACUGGCUGCACCUUCUGCGCCGCCACUUGCUCUACAGCGUCCAGUUCAAGGCUCGGAUCCGUGUGCCCGACGGCGUCGUUCUCAUGGGUGUGCUUGACGAGACCAACACGCUGCCCGAAGGCUGCAUCUUUUUCCAGUCCAGUGGCAUGUCUCGCUAUGCGAUCACGCCGCCGGCACUUGGCACGCGCUGCGUCGUCGGCCGCAACCCGAGUCUCCACCCGGGCGACCUUCGGAUUCUGACAUACUACACGGAUGUCCCGGCGCUCCACCAUCUCUACGACGUAUUGGUCUUCUCGUCGCGCGGGGACCGACCCGUGACCGACAUGAUGUCGGGAGGUGACUUGGAUGGCGAUCUGUACUUUUGUCUCUGGGACCACCGACUCGUGCCGGCGCAGGAUGUGCCACCGAUGCCCCCGCCCCCAACCUCAUGGGGCAUUCCACCGCCGUCGUCCGCGCCCGGCAUCCAGGGUAUCCAGGACCACUUUGUCCGGUUUCUCGAACACGACAACUUGGGCAUGAUUGCCAACAUGCAUCUCGCCGUCGCUGACGCCAGUCGCGACGGAGCCCACGACCCCAAGGCGUUGGAGCUCGCCCACGCGCACGCGGUUGCAGUGGAUUUUGCAAAGUCGGGUGUCGCUGCACCGACGCCGACGCUCAACCUCUCGGCGUACCCCGACUUUAUGGAGCGCUCGGGCCCGAAAUACGAGUCCAAAACGGCACUCGGAGUGCUCUUCCGCCGGGCGCGGACCAUCGCGUUGCGUCCGCAACCGACUGGCGGCGGCGUCGACUGGAGUGUGGUCGUGCCCGGGUACGAGGCCCACGUGUCGGACGCGCGCCAUUGGUUUGUGCAGUACGCCCACGCGCUCUUUACGCUCUGCCAGCAGUACGGCAUCGGGACCGAGGUCGAGCUCAUCUCGGGCUACAUCCAAAAGCUCUCGCGCAAGGUAGGUCGGGCUGAGCGACUGGACCCGGCCGACGACGCGGUCGAGCGCAUCCGCGUGGCCGUGCGGUUUGUGCAAGAACACUAUGCGAGAGUGUUUUGGCGCGGCCUCGAGGCCAAGGCGCCGAGUGACUUGGUCGUCUUGCGCAAGGCGUCGGCGUGGUACUAUGUGGGCAACACGUACGACGAAGGCACGACACCGUACCGCAGCUUUGCGUGGCUGGCGCUCGAGCCUCUGUGUGUGCUCUUGGACCAGCGCUAG